AUGGUUAGGACAAGGCCAUCAACAGGCUAAAUUUAGAAGAAAGAGCGCUUGCUUUCAAAUGCCUCAGAUUUAUCACAAAACUAAUUAGCUCAUAACAAUUCCUCGAUUGAAGAUAGAUGGGCUGCAAGAGUAAUUAAUGAUACACCGAUGAUCACUCAACCCUAAGUCAAGAUAAAUAAUUCUGUUGAGAAGACUCUUCAAAUUGCCAUUAAACUAAAUUCAGAUUCAAAGAUCAGAAUGCUACUCUUCAAUAUUAAGAGAGCAAUGAUAAUUUCUCCAAUGGCAGAUAUGACAGUUACAAUCCUUGCUGGGUUUAUAGUAAAUGUGCACUUCAUGAUCGCAAUCGUAAUUGCUUUUGAGAAGUUGACAAAUAAUGUACUAACUUAUGCAGAUAGCAUAAUACCUUUGAUCACUUUAGCCUGUCUUAUCCUUUUUACUUGCAUUCUAUCAUUGAUAGUGCUGAUGAUGGAUUUGAUAUAUUAGGGGUGCCUGGCAUGGAAUAGAGAUUCAUUCGGAAUUUUGUUUUAAAAGAUCAUAUUCUCAAUAAGUUUGUUGAUGACAACAGUGAACUUUUAUGAAUAUGUUUAAGCUGCUGAAGAAUCUGUUAUCGAAAGUGAGAAGCUUGGUAUUUCUGUGUUUGAAUGCUUCAUUCCAAUUCUAGUGUUCUUUGGAUUGGCAAUAGUUAAGUUACUGCUGUUCAAAGUUAAGUACUUGCCAUUAAACAUAUCAAUUGCAGUAUCGAUAUUAGCGUUAUCUAUCUUAGUGUACUACAAAUUUGACUUCCACAUUAUUCACAUUCCACUCUUCUUUGUAGCUAUUCCAAUAAGUGUUAUUCUUCUAACAAUUUCUAUGCAUCAAGGCCACACUUUAAUGUUUGAAAAAGAUUAAGUUAAGAAGCUACUUUACGGUUACAACAAAAAGUUUAGAAUUAUAUUCACAGUGCUCAGCUGCUAUAGAAGAGAUCUCUUUUAAUUCGUGCUGCUGACAUCAUUCUUUUAUUUUACAUUUUAAAUGGAAUACUGUGGAUCACUUUUCCUAGAUACUAUAUUCUAGCAGUUUUACUUUGACUUGGUAACUGAAAUUAGGCCUCCUAAAACAAGAUACACCCAAAUAUUUUAAAAGCGACCAACUAAGUAUAUGUUUGAGUUUGAUGUGAGCAAAGAUGAAUCUUCGUAUGAGCUCUAGGAUCGAUCUCUAAACAGAUCAUCCUCAAACUCACCAAGUAAAAGCUCCCCUUAGAAGAUAGUAAUUAAGAUAAAUAAAUCAAUCACGCCUAAUAAGAAAAUGGUGAGUACUCAUGAACUUAAGAAGCCUUUGCUGAACAUAUAAGAUGAUGAGGAGCCAAGAACCCCAUGA